GGAGGAGGAGCAAGCGGAAGGGGACGGUGUAUUGGCCGGCCAGGCCAGGAGACAAGUAGACAGCCCCUCCAGCGGCCGGUCACGGUGCCCUGGGAUAGUGGCUACAGUACUAACAGGUGGCUGGACAGGUGGCAGCAGGCAACUCAGGUGAGCCAAUGUCUCCUCCCAGCUGUGCAAUGGCGAACUCUACACAGGCCCAAAAGAAGCUGGUGUACCUGGUCACAGGUGGCUGUGGUUUCCUGGGGGAGCAUGUGGUGCGAAUGCUGCUGCAGCAGGAGCCCCAGCUCCAGGAGCUGCGGAUCUUUGACCUACACCUGGGCCCCUGGCUGGAGGAACUAAAGACAGGUUCUGUACAGGUGACUGCCAUCCAGGGGGAUGUGACCCAGGCCCAUGAGGUGACAGCAGCUGUGGCCGGAGCCCAUGUAGUCAUCCACAUAGCUGGCCUGGUGGACGUGUUUGGGAGGGCUAGUCACAAGACCAUCCACAAGGUCAAUGUGCAGGGCACACAGAACGUGAUAGAGGCUUGUGUGCAGACUGGGACUCAGUUCCUGGUAUAUACAAGCAGCAUGGAAGUUGUGGGGCCUAACAUCAAAGGCCACCCCUUCUACAGGGGCAAUGAGGACACCCCAUAUGAAGCCAUGCACAAGCACCCCUAUCCUCGCAGCAAGGCCCUGGCUGAGCGGCUGGUCUUGGAGGCCAAUGGAAGGAAGGUCUGUGGGGGGCUGCCCCUGGUGACAUGUGCCCUGCGUCCCACGGGCAUCUACGGUGAAGGCCACCAGAUCAUGAAGGACAUCUACCACCAGGGCCUACGCCUGGGGGGUCGGCUAUUCCGGGCCAUUCCAACCUCUGUGGAGCACGGCCGGGUCUACGUGGGCAAUGUGGCCUGGAUGCAUGUGCUUGUGGCCCGGGAGCUAGAGCAGCGGGCAGCAUUAAUGGGCGGCCAGGUGUACUUCUGCUACGACAAAUCACCCUACAAGAGCUACGAGGACUUCAACAUGGAGUUCCUGGGCCCCUGUGGACUGCGGCUGGUAGGCACACGCCCACUGUUGCCUUACUGGCUGCUGGUGCUCUUGGCUACCCUUAAUGCCCUGCUACAGUGGCUCUUGCGGCCACUGCUGCUCUACGCGCCCCUGUUGAACCCCUACACACUGGCAAUGGCCAACACUACCUUCACUGUCAGCACCAACAAGGCUCAGCGCCAUUUUGGCUACGAGCCCCUGUUCUCAUGGGAGGACAGCCGGACCCGCACCAUUCACUGGGUGCAGACCCUGGAAGGGUCAGCCCAGUAAUGGUGAAGGUGGGGCCUGGAAGCUUGUCAUGGCUCAUCUAUCUGGGUCCUGAGCCCUCACCCUAUGGAUGGGAAGGGAUGGUCACAUUUGGGAGCUGAAGGAGGGCACUGGUGCCAGACUGCUGUCUUGGAACCCUUAUAUCUAAAAUACACAAGCAUUAGGACACGGAAUCAUGUGCUGAUGCUUCCAAGUUCUAGGGCAGGGUUUGAGGACAGGAUUGUCCUCACUCCCAGCCCGGGUCCAAGGCUGGUUGGAGAGGGUCUGAUUCCCUGAUAGUGCCUGCCCUCCUUGCUUCUGGUCUGAACAGGAAGGGGGCAGAGGUUCCCUAGGCCUCCACUGGUUCAGAGUGAAGAGGUUUCUCUGACUCCUCUGACCACCUUCGUCCUUCCUUAGAGGAUUAUAUUCCUGUUAUUUUAAAAAAUGUUUCACCUUUAGAUACUUAUCUUUGAAUUCCCCUCAGUAAAAACGAGGAAAUC